GAGCCCAUCUGUACUCUGCGCCGCUGGGUGCCAGCUUAAAUAAAGCGCUACUUUUUGCAAAGAGAUGUCUCAUUCUUUUUGGGGGUCCUUUUCCUUGGUAGAGCAAUUUGGGGGCUCAUCCGGGAUCAAUAUAAGGAUCCCCUAAUCCCCCAGACUCUUUGCACCAGACCCUUCUCAUCACUUGAUCAACUUCUGUUUGGAUCAACCUCAUUCAUGAUCCUCCUUCUUGGUUGAAGAAGUUCCUUAAAGCUACCAAUCAACAGCCUGGUAACCCUCCUUUGUUGGCUCCUUUGAAAACGAAACCAAAAUCGGAGCUGAGCCCGAUUUUGCCAGCCGACGAGGAGGAGCCCCCCCUACCGCCUUACCGCCCCUCCGCUCCCCUGGCACCUAGUUCUCCAGAACUCUGCUUUCCCGCUGUCCCGCCCUGAUUGGAACCCCAACGUGACCGCAGGUAAGGAGGCUCUUGAUCGGUAUCGCCAGCUGUUCCUAGAAGCCCUUAAGGGCGCUGCCAGAAAACCCACAAACCUAUCCAAGGUAAGCGAGGUAAGACAAUUGGCAAAUGAGUCCCCUUCGGGUUUUCUGGAAAGAUUACAGGAAGCAUAUCGCAUUUACACUCCCAUAGAUCCAAUGGCUCCUGAGAAUGCAAGGGCUAUUAAUCUUGCCUUUGUUACCCAGUUGGCCCCCGACAUCAGAAAAAAAUUACAGAAACUUGAGGGAUUUGGAGGGAUGCCCCUUAGUCAGUUAUUAGAGGUAGCUCAAAAGGUUUUUGAGAAUCGAGAAGACUGCCAAGAGACAACUGACAAAAAGCUAACUAAGGUGUUAGAGGUUUUGACUAAAAAGGUUACUAAAAAGAAAGAUAAGGACCGUCCUCCACUAGAUAAGAAUCAAUGUGUAUAUUGCAAAGAGCCUGGGCAUUGGAAAAAGGAUUGUCCAAAACUUAAAGCUAAACUGGAAAAGGAUGCAAAGACCUUACUAUCCCAGGGCUGAGGAAGUCAGGGCUCUUAUGCUCCCCGAGAGCCCAGGUUAACCCUAAACGUGGGGGGCCAACAUGUUGAUUUUUUGGUGGAUUCGGGUGCUGCCCACUCAGUCCUUACCAAACCAAUAGGAAAACCUACAGGAAAAAAUUUAAAGGUGUUGGGAACUACUGGUUCUGCCAAGAUUUAUCAAAAAUUUCAGGCCCAACUUGCUGGACCUGGACAAAAGACUAUGCUACAUGAAUUCUUAUAGGUGCCUGAAUGCCCUGACCCUCUAUUGGGCCGUGACCUUCUGCAUAAACUAAAGGUCCACCUUAGUUUUGAAACAACCAUCCCAACAGUACAAUUGGACAAAGACCUUUCAGAGCCUCAAACUAAGGUCUUGGCCCUAUACCCAGAGGGAGAAGGACAUUUGUUAUUGGAAGCCCCUAAAACUGCUACAGAUAGACUUAUUACAUGAAUUAAUGCAAGAAGUUCUGGGAGUAUGGGUGGAGCAAAAUCCUCCUGGACUGGCAGUCAACCAGGUACCUUUAGUAAUUAAACUUAUUCCCCAGGCCACCCCCAUACGGCUUAAACAAUACCCUAUUGGCUUGCAGGCCUGCCAAGGGACAGCAAAACAUACUCAGAAACUUAGAGAUCAUGACAUUUUAAAGCCUUAUGUUUCCCCUUGGAACACUCCCUUGUUGCCAGUGCAAAAACCAGGAACACAGGACUACCGGCCUGUGCAAGACUUGAGAAAAAUAAAUAAGAGAGUUGCAACCCUCCAUCCAACGGUCCCUAAUCCCUACACCUUGCUGAGCCUGUUAAGUCCGGAGCAGACCUGAUAUACUGUACUGGACCUCAAGGAUGCUUUCUUCACUUUGCCUGUGGCUCUGAUGAAAAAUGGGGAAUAGCCAAGGGAGUCCUAACCCAAUGCCUGGGACCCUGGCAAAGGCCUGUAGCCUAUCUCUCCAAGAGACUAGACAAUGUGGCAGCCGGAUGGCCCCCUUGCCUGCGAAUGAUUGCCUUUGUGGCCCUCUUAGUCAAAGAGGCCCACAAAUUGACUUUUGGACAAAAGCUCUUAAUUGUCUCCUCACAUUCGUUGCAGACCCUCAUCAGAGCCCCACCAGACCGAUGGUUGUCGAACGCCCGAGUAAUGCACUACCAAGCUUUGCUCCUAGACCCAACAACUAUCAGUUUCAAGGAAACGGCCGCUUUAAACCCAGCCACCCUGCUGCCUGAUGAUGACCCCUCCCAGCCCCUCCAUGACUGCAAGGAGAUCAUCGAUCAUCUUGCAAGCUUGAGGCCAGAUUUAACUGAUGAGCCCCUGAUAGGGGCUCCAUGUUACUUCUCUGAUGGGAGCAGCUACAUCCUCCAAGGUAAGCGAGUGGCUGGAGCAGCCGUCACCAUGGACUCCCAGGUCUUAUGGGAACAAGCCUUGGAACCAGGAACAUCGGCACAAAGGGCGGAGCUCAUAGCACUCACCACCGCCCUCAAGCUGGCAGAAGUCUCUCCAGGUUCUCCAACCCAUCCUAACCUUGAUCCAUCAGCUAUUCAAGCAACAGCAUCCUCCGUCCCCCACCUCCACCCAGGACGACCUCUUAACUGUGCAACCUGGGGACCUAGUGCUCAUCAAAAGACACCGCCGAGAAUCUCUUGAGCCACACUGGGAAGGUCCCUUCACGGUGGUCCUCAGAACUCCGACAGCAGUCAAGGUUGCCAGAAAGACUGCCUGGAUUCAUCAUUCUCACAUCAAACCAGUCCCGACCCCAGACAAAGACCAACCCUCAGAUAAGUGGACUGUGGCCUCUUCUGGAGACCCUUUAAAGCUUAAAUUAACCAAAUGUACUUGACUGUUCUGAUCUUAUGCAUCCUCCCCUGUGGGGACACAAAUAAACUGGGCCAUGCCCCAUUACAUGGGACUUGGAAAAUAACUGAUUAUAGCACAGGCGAGGUGCUAGCUACUAAUAGCACUGUCCAUGGUGUCAUCUCCCUUAUCUGUGUGCCAUGCUCAAUAUGAUGCCUCAAAAGGUCAGAACUCCAAGAAUGGAACUGGAUACAUAUGCCAUGAUUUCCAUUAAAAAUAGGAUGGCAAACAAACCCACUGGACCUUGCCGCGACUUACACAGUCAGAAGGUCUUACAGUCCACCGGAUGGUAUCUCUGCCCCCAAACCCAAUAUUAUCAGGGGGUACCUUAUAGCUAUAAGACCCAAUACUGUGCAUACUCGCAGCAAACAGAGUUUUUCUGCCGAUAUUGGAGCUGUGUGACUAUCUCCCCUUGGAAUGAAGGUGAUGCAGACGAACACCUUCACCUCACCCGUGGCACUCCUAGCACUUGUGAACUUAACAAAUGCAACCUGAUGACCUUUACAGCAAAGAAGCCCACUAGUAGACUCUAGAAAUAAGGAUUACAUUACGGUAUUAGACUCUAGACUUCAGGUUAUAACCCUGGAAACUCUUUUACUAUACAGCUCAUUCCAGGGCCCCCAUGCAUAGCUCCCGCUCGCCCCAUAGGACCCCUAGCUCCCCAACCACCUCCACCUCGUCACAUUCCCUCUUCUUUCCCACCGCCCACUACACGCCCCCCUCCUCCUUCUUUUUCCUCUGAAACAGCUAUAUCCUUCUUCCCCACCACUCUCACUGCACCCCCAGACCCUUUCUUGCCUCUAUAUAUUGCUUUCCAGUUCCUAAAUUUCAGCUCCCCUAACCUUACCACUGACUGCUGGCUAUGCCUUCCGUCUCGUCCACCCUGCUAUACGGGCACUCCUAUGAUAAAGAGCAGCCUUCUAACUCCUCCGCUGAUGACCCCACUUGCUGGUGGGGCGCUAAGCCCCUGCUCACCUUGGACAAUGUCCAAGGCACACCCGGCACCUGUGUCUACUCUGCCUCCUAUUCUCUGCGAACCUCACCUUAUGCUUCACUUUGUAACUUGACCUUUUCCAUCCAGAUCUCCAAUUUUUCAUACCCUGCUAAUCAGCAUUUGGUUGCUCCGAACAGAACCUGGUUUGUCUGCACUUCUGGCAUUAUUCCUUGUGCUAUGCAUCAUUUGUUCAUUCAACAUCCUGAGCUUUGUAUCGUGGUGCAUGUCCUUCCUCAGGCCUAUUGGUAUUCAGGGAAAAAUGGAAAAACCACAUUCUACCUGGCUUAGGCUCCCAGGAACUUAACCUUCAGAAAAGAAAUCCUGUGCUUAUCCCCACCUUGCUAGGACUGGGGAUAGCCAGAUCCAUGGGGUUGGGGGUAUCCAGUUUGGUCAUUGGGGACCAAAAUUACAGACGCCUAAGCGCCCUCAUUGAUCAAGGCUUGGCCUCUCUCAGUGACUCGGUGUCCAAACUGGAAGACUCCCUAAGUUCCUUGGCCGAAAUGGUUCUACAGAACCGACGAGGUCUAGAUUUGUUAUUCUUAAAGAAAGGUGGCCUUUGUUUGGCCCUGGGAAAAACCUGUUGUUUAUAUGCAAACCACUCUGGUGUCAUCCGACAAAAUAUGGCAAAUCUCAAAAAAAGAUUACAAAAAAAAAAACAAGCUAGACAAGCUGAAUUAAACUGGUUUGAACGAUGGUUCUCCUUCUCCCCUUGGUUAACAACUCUGAUAACUGCUGCUGCUGGACCCCUGUUAAUUUUGCUUGUUUGUGUAACUGUUGGGCCAUGUAUCAUUAACAAACUGUUGGAUUACGUCAAGAGCCAGGUACAAACUAUUAAGCUAAUGAUUUUAAGGACUCAGGGUUAUGAGCAAAUUCCUCUGACUUACUUUAUGAGGCAAAGAUUUGCCUCACUAACAUCAAAUCAGUGGGGAAUGUUGUAACCUGACCAAAGUGCUGCCAUCCUGUUCCGUAUGCGCCGUUUCCCCUCACCCUCCAGUCACCCAUUGUACCCUCAAAACCCCCUGCUAAAAAUCCUCUGCUACAGUUCCCAGGCAAUGCAAAAACCACAAGAGCCAAAUUGUUAACUUGAUGUUCUUGUGAAAAGCAUCGGUUCUGAGAAUUAUAACCACCAAAAGUACCUAGCACUCUGCAAAGACAAGAUCUGGGUAUUGACUGCCUCCCUUUGUGGUUUUUCACUUUAUAAGCUUCUUGCUGUUCUCCUCAGCGAGCAGCAGCUUGCAGAGCCCAUCUGUACUCUGCGCUGGGUACCAGCUUAAAUAAAGCGCUACUUUUUGCAAA